AUGUCAGAGUCCCAACAUGACCGAGAUUACGCCUUAGAAGACUCACCGGUGCCGAGAGAGGCGGUGAUGUUUACGCAACUAUGGUGCGUUCCUAUCUCCGAAGACAAGCUGGUCAAUGAUGUGCAGCGCAUCUAUUCCGAGCUAGCCAAGGUGGAGAAGAGGUGCAUUGAGCUCGACCAGCAGCUGCCCAAGUCCGAGGCGGAAUUGGCCAGACUCCUACACUGCCACCAAAACUUACUUGAGAUGCACCUCGAGUUCUUCCUUAUGUCCCAGCGCACGAAUUUGAAGAGCCUUGCAGAAAAAUAUAGGAUGCCUGCGCGCAUGUGGCGAUUUGGGAUCCACUCACUCCUGGUCAUCUUACAAUACAAGCGUCCGCAACCGUUGGAUUACAUAUGGACAUUCAUCUAUUUUGCCUAUCUAAGUAUCACUUUUCUGUUGGAGAACGUCUCAGCAUUUCGCGAGAUUUGGAUGGAAUGUCUCGGGGAUCUAGCACGAUUUGGCAUGGAGUUCGAAGAGUCGGACAUGAGAGACCACGAGGUCUGGGCCGGCAUAGCGGGAGAUUGGUACAGACAAGCUGCAGACCGAUGUCCCGAAGCUGGACGAAUCCAACAUGAUCUAGCAGUGGUAGCUUGGCCAGACUUUCUCCAGCAACUGUUUUUCUAUAUGAAGGCACUAGUUACUGUCUACCCUUACGAUUCUGCUCGAGAGGGGAUUACCCUACUUUUCACUCGGUUUGAGAAAGAGGCCCUUCAUCAAGAUGCCAUCAUCACAGCGUUCAUUGCGACACACAGGGCUAUAUUCAUGCGAGCUCCCUCUCAUGAGUUUAUUACGCUUGGAAAUCGUUUCUUGGCUAUCUUGCGGGGGGAAAUUUGCGAGCUACGACUCAAAGACCAACAAGCGGUCUACAUUGUGUCCUGUAAUAUCGCCUCGGUCCUUGAAUAUGGCGACUCCGAAGCCAUGAUAUCCUUGGAUUAUUUUAAGCGAGACGGCGAAACUGGCACCAAGAAGGCGCACAAUAUGGCACUCAAGUCGAUGUCGGGCCAGAAACAGAACUCGAGCGAAGCCGGAAACCUCAUCAAAUCCCAAAUCACAUAUCAAGGAUACUCUCUUGCAUUCCACACCCUAUCCGUCCUCCUUCAUCGAAUGAAUGACCCAAACACCUUUCCUAGUGUUCAUAUAUCCAUGUCAUUCAUCUGGUGUCUGGCUCUUCACCCAUCUGCAAUGCAGCAACUUGAAAGAUACAUUCCCUGGAUAGAAAUCACAAGCUACCUUAAUAGCUUGAUCCACUCCGAUACUAUAGUCUCAAAGAUCGAACAAGCCGCUUUCCCGCUUCCCGGCGACGGAUCGAUACAACAACUGCCGGAGGAUUUCCUCAUUCGCGGUCAGUCAUGGAGUCAGCUAUACUACCCAGAUGGCUUCUUCGAGGAUGCCCUCCCGGAAUAUGAUAGGGUCAUUAUCGAAAACCCAUUGGCCGCCACCUUGAGAAGGUACCGGUGCCUCUGGUUAGGUGUGCGCAUAGCAAAGGUUAGCAAGAUGCUUUUUCUGUUUUCGUUUACCUCGUAA